GAUGGCGCCUCUUCCUCUGUGUCCGCACUCAAGCGCCUGGAGCGCAGUCAGUGGACGGAUAAGAUGGAUUCUCGGUUCGGAUUUGAGAGGCUCAAGGAGCCAGGGGAGAAGACGGGCUGGCUGAUCAAUAUGCACCCGACUGAGGUUUUAGAUGAAGAUAAACGCCUGGUCAGUGCAGUGGAUUACUACUUUAUUCAAGACGAUGGGAGCAGAUUUAAGGUGGCGCUGCCCUACAAACCAUACUUCUACAUUGCGGCCAGAAAGGGUUGUGAGCGAGAAGUUUCGUCUUUUCUCUCCAAGAAGUUUCAGGGUAAACUUGCUAAAGUAGAGACCGUUCCCAAAGAGGAUCUGGACUUGCCAAAUCACUUGGUGGGUUUGAAGCGAAAUUACAUUAAGCUGUCUUUCCACACCGUGGAGGACCUUGUCCGAGUGAGGAAGGAGAUCUCCCCUGCCGUGAGGAAGAACCGGGAGCAGGGCCACACCAGUGACACCUACACGGCUAUGCUCUCCAGUGUUCUGCAAGGGGGCAGUGUGAUUAUGGACGAAGAGGAAACCUCUAAGAAGAUUGCGGACCAACUGGACAACAUCGUGGACAUGCGAGAGUACGACGUGCCCUACCACAUCCGCCUCUCCAUCGACCUGAAGAUCCACGUGGCACACUGGUACAACGUCAGGCACCGAGGGAGCGCCUCGCCGGUGGAGAUCACCCGCCGAGAUGACCUGGUUGAACGGCCCGACCCUGUGGUUUUGGCAUUUGACAUUGAGACGACCAAACUGCCCCUCAAGUUUCCUGAUGCUGAGACUGACCAGAUUAUGAUGAUUUCCUAUAUGAUUGAUGGCCAGGGCUACCUCAUCACCAACAGGGAGAUUGUGGCAGAGGACAUUGAGGACUUUGAGUUCACCCCCAAGCCGGAGUACGAAGGGCCCUUUUGUGUCUUCAAUGAGCCUGACGAGGUCCAUCUCAUCCAAAGAUGGUUUGAACAUGUGCAGGAGACCAAACCCACCAUCAUGGUUACUUACAAUGGGGACUUUUUUGACUGGCCAUUUGUGGAGGCCAGAGCAGCUGUCCACGGACUGAGCAUGUACCAGGAGAUCGGAUUCCAGAAGGACAGCCAAGGGGAGUACAAGGCGCCCCAGUGCAUCCACAUGGACUGCCUCAGGUGGGUGAAGAGGGACAGCUACCUCCCUGUGGGCAGCCACAACCUCAAGGCGGCCGCCAAAGCCAAGCUGGGCUACGACCCUGUGGAGCUGGACCCCGAGGACAUGUGCCGGAUGGCCACCGAGCAGCCCCAGACUCUGGCCACGUAUUCGGUGUCGGAUGCGGUGGCCACGUACUACCUGUACAUGAAGUACGUCCACCCCUUCAUAUUCGCCCUGUGCACCAUCAUCCCCAUGGAGCCUGAUGAGGUGCUGCGGAAGGGCUCCGGGACCCUGUGCGAGGCCUUGCUGAUGGUGCAGGCCUUCCACGCCAACAUUGUCUUCCCCAACAAGCAAGAGCAGGAGUUCAACAAGCUGACGGAAGACGGCCACGUGCUGGACGCCGAGACCUACGUGGGCGGCCACGUGGAGGCCCUCGAGUCGGGCGUGUUCCGCAGUGACAUCCCCUGCCGGUUCAGGAUGAAUCCCGCCGCCUUUGACUUCCUGCUGCAGCGGGUGGAGAAGACCAUGCGUCACGCCAUCGAGGAAGAGGAGAAGGUGCCCAUGGAGCAGGUCACCAACUUCCAAGAGGUGUGUGAUCAGAUUAAGGCCAAGCUCACCUCCCUGAAAGAUGUUCCUAACCGUAUCGAGUGUCCCCUUAUCUACCACCUGGACGUGGGCGCCAUGUACCCCAACAUCAUCCUGACGAACCGCCUGCAGCCCUCCGCCAUGGUGGACGAGGCCACCUGUGCAGCCUGUGACUUCAACAAGCCGGGGGCGAACUGCCAGAGGAAGAUGGCUUGGCAGUGGAGGGGCGAGUUCAUGCCGGCCAGUCGCAGUGAGUACCAUCGGAUCCAACACCAGCUGGAGUCGGAGAAGUUCCCUGCCUUGACCCCUGACGGCCCCGCCCGGGCCUUUCACGAGCUGUCCCGCGAGGAGCAGGCGAAAUAUGAGAAGAGGAGGCUGGCAGAUUACUGCCGAAAGGCGUACAAGAAGAUCCACGUGACCAAGGUGGAGGAGCGCCUCACCACCAUCUGCCAGCGGGAGAACUCCUUCUACGUGGACACGGUGCGCGCCUUCCGGGACAGGCGCUAUGAGUUCAAAGGUCUCCACAAGGUGUGGAAAAAGAAGCUCAGUGCAGCCGUGGAGGCGGGCGACGCGGCCGAGGUCAAGCGCUGCAAGAACAUGGAGGUGCUGUACGACUCCCUGCAGCUGGCACACAAGUGCAUCCUCAACUCCUUCUACGGCUACGUCAUGCGCAAAGGGGCCCGCUGGUACUCCAUGGAGAUGGCCGGCAUCGUCUGCUUCACGGGGGCCAACAUCAUCACCCAGGCGAGGGAGCUGAUCGAGCAGAUCGGGAGGCCCUUGGAGCUGGACACAGAUGGGAUAUGGUGCGUCCUGCCCAACAGCUUCCCUGAAAACUUUGUCAUCACCACGACGAGCGUGAAGAAGCCCAAGGUGACCAUCUCCUACCCUGGGGCCAUGCUGAACAUCAUGGUCAAGGAAGGCUUCACCAACGAUCAGUACCAGGAGCUGGCCGAGCCGUCCUCGCUCACCUACGUCACCCGCUCCGAGAACAGCAUCUUUUUCGAGGUUGACGGGCCCUACCUUGCCAUGAUCCUUCCAGCCUCCAAGGAAGAAGGCAAGAAGCUGAAGAAGAGGUACGCUGUGUUCAACGAGGACGGCUCCCUGGCCGAGCUCAAGGGCUUCGAGGUGAAGCGCCGCGGGGAGCUGCAGCUCAUCAAGAUCUUCCAGUCGUCCGUGUUCGAGGCCUUCCUCAGGGGCAGCACCCUGGAGGAAGUGUACGGCUCUGUCGCCAAGGUGGCCGACUACUGGUUGGACGUGCUGUACAGCAAGGCAGCGAACAUGCCAGAUUCCGAGCUGUUCGAGUUGAUCUCUGAGAACCGCUCCAUGUCCCGGAAGCUGGAAGACUACGGGGAGCAGAAGUCUACGUCCAUCAGCACCGCCAAGCGCCUGGCCGAGUUCCUGGGAGACCAGAUGGUGAAGGACGCGGGGCUGAGCUGCCGCUACAUCAUCUCCCGGAAGCCCGAGGGCUCCCCCGUCACCGAGAGGGCCAUCCCACUCGCCAUCUUCCAGGCAGAGCCCACGGUGAGGAGGCACUUCCUCCGGAAAUGGCUGAAGAGCUCGUCCCUGCAGGACUUGGACAUUCGGACGAUCCUGGACUGGGACUACUACAUCGAGCGGCUGGGCAGCGCCAUUCAGAAGAUCAUCACCAUCCCCGCAGCUCUGCAGCAGGUGAAGAACCCUGUGCCUCGCGUCAAACACCCCGACUGGCUGCACAAAAAACUACUGGAGAAGAACGAUGUCUACAAGCAGAAGAAGAUCAGCGAGCUCUUCAUCCUCGAGGGCAAGAGACAGGUGGGGGUGGCCCAGGCUCCGGAUGGCGCCCAGAGCCUGGGUGCUCCCGACAUGGAGGAUUUUGGCCUUGAGAAGCCGCCCCACACCGCCGUCCCCGUUGCUACGAAGAGGAAGCGGGUCCUCUGGGAGAGCCAGGAGGACUCACAGGACGUGGGGCUGACGGUGUCCUGGCAGGAGGUCCUGGGGCAGCCUCCCGCCCUCGGAACCACCCAGGAAGAGUGGCUGGUCUGGCUCCGGUUCCACAAGAAGAAGUGGCAGCUGCAGGCCCGACAGCGCCUUGCCCGCAGGAAGAAGCAGCGUCUGGAGGCAGCAGGCGGGCUGCAGCCCGGGCCUGUGCGAGACAGGCCCAGCACAGGGCUGGGGGGCUUCUUGCGAAGAACUGCCCGCAGCGUUCUGGACCUCCCGUGGCAGAUCGUGCAGAUCAGCGAGACCAGCCAGGCUGGCCUGUUCCGCCUGUGGGCUGUCAUCGGCAGCGACUUGCACUGCAUCAAGCUGAACAUCCCCCGGGUGUUCUACGUGAACCAGCGGGUGCCCAAAGCAGAGGAGGGGACUGCAUAUCGUAAGGUGAAUCGAGUCCUUCCUCGCUCCAACACGGUCUACAAUCUCUAUGAGUACUCAGUGCCGGAGGACAUGUACCAAGAGCACAUCAAUGAGAUCAAUACCGAGCUGUCAGCCCCAGACAUCGAGGGCGUGUACGAGACUCAGGUGCCGUUACUGUUCCGGGCCCUGGUGCACCUGGGCUGUGUGUGUGUGGUCAGUAAACAGCUGGUGAGGCACCUGUCGGGCUGGGAAGCAGAAACCUUCACUCUUGAGCACCUGGAGAUGCGCUCUCUGGCCCAGUUCAGCUACCUGGAACCAGGGAGCAUCCGCCACAUCUAUCUGUAUCAUCGCACGCACGGCCACAAGGCGCUCUUCGGCAUUUUCGUGCCCUCUCAGCGCAGAGCGUCCGUAUUUGUGCUGGACACUGUGCGAAGCAACCAGAUGCCCAGCCUCAGCGCCCUGUACUCGGCCGAGCACAGCCUCCUGCUGGAGAAAGUGGGCCCCGAGCUCUUGCCUCCCCCAAAACACACGUUUGAAGUGCGGGCUGAGACCGACUUGAAGACCAUCUGCAGAGCCAUCCAGCGCUUCCUGCUGGCCUACAAGGAGGAGCGCCGGGGGCCCACCCUCAUCGCCGUGCAGUCCAACUGGGAGCUGAGGAGGCUGGCCGGCGAGAUUCCCGUCCUGGAGGAGUUCCCGCUGGUGCCUGUCCGCGUGGCCGACAAGAUCAGCUACGGAGUCCUGGACUGGCAGCGCCAUGGAGCCCGGCGCAUGAUCCGCCACUACCUCAACCUGGACACCUGCCUGUCGCAGGCUUUUGAGAUGAGCCGGUACUUUCAUAUCCCCAUUGGGAAUCUGCCUGAGGACAUCUCCACCUUUGGCUCCGAUCUCUUCUUCGCCCGCCACCUCCAGCGCCACAACCACCUGCUCUGGCUGUCCCCUACCUGGCGCCCUGACUUGGGCGGGAAGGAGGCCGACGACAACCGCCUCAUCAUGGAGUUUGAGGACCAAGCCACCGUGGAGAUCAACAGUUCAGGCUGCUACUCCACAGUGUGCGUGGAGCUGGACAUUCAGAACCUGGCCGUCAACACCAUCCUGCAAUCUCACCACGUCAACGACAUGGAGGGGGCCGACAGCAUGGGCAUCAGCUUCGACGUGAUCCAGCAGGCUUCCCUGGAGGACAUGAUCACCGGCAACCAGGCCGCCAACGCUCCCGCUAGCUACGACGAGACCGCCCUCUGCUCCAGCACCUUCAGGAUCCUGAAGAGCAUGGUGGUGGGCUGGGUGAGGGAGAUCACGCAGUACCGCAACGUCUACGCCGACAACCAGGUGAUGCACUUCUACCGCUGGCUGCGCUCCCCGUCCUCGCUGCUCCACGACCCCGCCCUGCACCGCACGCUGCACAGCAUGAUGAAGAAGCUCUUUCUGCAGCUCAUCGCUGAGUUCAAGCGCCUGGGGUCAUCAGUCGUUUAUGCCAACUUCAACCGCAUCGUCCUGUGCACGAAGAAGCGGCGGAUCGAGGACGCCCUGGCCUACGUGGAGUACAUCACCACCAGCAUCCACUCUAAGGAGAUCUUCCACUCCCUGACGAUUUCCUUCUCUCGGUGCUGGGAGUUUCUUCUCUGGAUGGAUCCCUCCAACUAUGGUGGCAUCAAAGGAAACGUGCCCUCUCGCAUCCACUGUGGACGGCAGGACCCCCAGAAAGAGGGCAGAGCGGAGGAGGAGGAGGAGGAGCCUGAGGAGGAAGGUGAGGAUGACGGGGGCGAGGAUGAUGACGGGCAGGAACCGGACGUGGAGGACCUGCUGGAAAACAACUGGAACAUCGUGCAGUUCCUGCCACAGGCAGCCUCCUGCCAGGGCUACUUCCUCAUGAUCGUCUCAGCGUACAUCGUGGCCGUGUACCACAGCAUGAAGGAGGAGCUGAGGCGCAGCGCCCCGGGCAGCACCCCUGGGAGGAGACGUGGGAGCAGCACCAUGUCACCCCUCUCCCCAGGAAUGAUCACCUUCUCUCAAGAUUACGUGGCAAAUGAACUCACUCAGAACUUCUUCACCAUCACCCAGAAGAUUCAGAGGAAAGUCACAGGCUCUCGGAACUCAGCUGAGCUCUCAGAGAUGUUUCCUGUCCUGCCCGGCUCUCACUUGGUGCUUAAUAACCCUGCCCUGGAGUUCAUCAAGUAUGUGUGCAAGGUCCUGUCUUUGGACACAAACAUCACAAACCAGGUGAACAAGCUCAAUCGGGACCUGCUCCGCCUGGUGGACGUUGGUGAGUUCUCGGAGGAGGCCCAGUUCCGAGACCCCUGCCGCUCCUACGUGCUCCCAGAGGUCAUCUGCCACAGCUGUAACUUCUGCCGGGACCUGGACCUGUGCAAAGACCCGUCCUUCUCUCAGGAUGGGGCUGUGCUGCCCCAGUGGUUCUGCUCCAACUGCCAGGCCGCCUACGACUCCUCGGUGAUCGAAAUGGCCCUGGUGGAAGCCCUGCAGAAGAAGCUGAUGGCCUUCACCCUGCAGGACCUGAUCUGCCUGAAGUGCCGAGGCGUGAAGGAGACCAACAUGUCCGUGUACUGCAGCUGUGCGGGCGGCUUCGCCCUCACCAUCCACACCAAGGUCUUCAUGGAGCAGAUCAGAAUCUUCCGGAACAUUGCCCAGCACUAUGGCAUGUCAUAUCUCAUGGAGACCCUGGAGUGGCUGCUACAGAAGAACCCCCAGCUGGGCCAUUAGCAAGGCGGGCCUGUCCCCUCUCUGCCCCAGCUUCCCAGCUGGAGACCAUCUCCAGGACUCAGCACCAAAGAAAAUGACCCUCAGGGUGCUUCCAGGGAGGGGUCACUUGGCCCAAACCAGCCAUCCAGCCAGAGCAGGAAGCGGCCCACCUGGGUCCCAGUCCCAGCCUCCGUCAGGGCAGCCCGACGGGUCGUUCUCGUGCACAAACACGUGUGGCCUCUGCUGCUGCUGCUGCAGGGCCUGACCCUCAUGCCCCACCUCUGCAUCCCCUUUGCCCUCAGGGCCUUCUGUUUGAGCCAAACCUGGGGGGGGGGGGGCCUAGGCCAGACCCAGGGCAAGGGACACCUGGGUGGGAGACAGCAGCUCUGCUCCCAGGCACUGUGACCUCAGAGACGCCCUCCACAGCUUCACCCGUGGGUGUGGCCAGUUCCAGGAAUCAGGCCCUGAGCCCUUGGGGGCCUGGGCAUCUUUCAGACGGCAGGUUCCGGGGCGGCUGGCAUCCCUGCACUUGGGCUUGGAUUUCUCUGUGGAGACUUCCUGGUCAGAGAGGGGGCGGGGUCUGCAUCAGGUGAUCCCCUCAUCUGGGCCGGGGCUUCUCAGAUGGAGCUUGACCACACCACCUGCCCUCAGAGCCUACCUGUGCCCCGAGGAGGCCUGGCACAGGGGGUCACCCAUUGAUCAUGGAUUGAUUGUACAGCAUCUGUUACCUCUUGGACUUCGGAAAAAUAAUUUUUCACCCACA